UUUUGUAUAUCAACUUUUGUAUUUAUUUUAACCUCUAAACCUUUCUAAAGUCUUAUGAAGAUAUUACACACUGUAUACAAUUAUUAUUUAUAUUAAACUGUAAACUUUUAAAUUAAAGACAUGCGCAAUAAUUUCAAUUUAAUACAUUCGCUUGAGUAAGUUUCAUAUUAGUGGGAACUGUGCCAGAGUGAAGUACGAAACGAAUGUUGUUUUUUGUACAAAUUUGUUUACAAACAUUAUUUUAUUUUAUAAAAUUUUAAUAUUUUUGAACAAAUGGCAGAACAGUUAAUAAGUGAAUUAGAAAAGGCUGCACAAAUAAUUUUGGCACCACCAAAUUUAAUUUCAACAGAACAACGUCAUUCUGCAGAGGAAGUUUUUUUAAAUUUUAGAAAACUUAAAUCUCCUUAUGAACUUUGUAAUCAAAUUUUGGAAUCUAAUACAAAUGAUUAUAUUAUAUUUGAAGCAGUUGGUUUAAUAAAGAUAGCAUUAAUACGAGAAUGGCCUUCAUUAUCACAAACAAAUAUUUCUUCAGUAAGAGAUUAUCUAUUAAAUUAUGUUAUAAGCAAACCAAACUUGCCUCCAUAUGUCAAAGGAUGUAUCUUACAAGUUAUUGCAAUUAUAAUUAAAAGAGGUAGUGUAAAUGACUCUGGACAAGCACGACAAACCAUAUUAGGACAAGUUGAAAAUUUAAUAAUGACUGGUGAUUUACCAAGAAAACUUUUGGGAUGCAACCUUAUUUCUGCUAUAAUUCAAGAAUAUAUAAUCAAUUUCAAGUCUACAAAUAUAGGUUUAACAUGGGAAACACAUUUCAUUGAAAAAAAAAUAUUUCAAACUGGUGAUUUGAAAAGAAUAUUUAAGUUUUGUAUUGGAGUAGUUGAUGAAUUAAUAAAAAAAGAUUUACAAGAAGAUAGUAUAACAUUUUUAAAACAAUUACUCCCAAUUUUGGAAAGUAUAUUUACAUGGACAUUUGUUCAGUUAAAAUAUACAAAAGAUGUGCUAGAAGAUGUUCGUGAAUCAUUAAAUUGUGUACCUUUAGAAAUAGAUAAAGAUUGGCAAGAUGUAAUGUUAGUUCCUGCUGUAUUAGAUUUAAUGUUUACAUUAUAUUGGAAAAUACGAGAAAAUCCACAAUUAGCUCAUCAUGUAAGAACUUGUUUAAUUCAAAUGGCAAAUUUGAGUAGUUCAGAAAUGCAAUUUAAAGAAAUAGAAAUGCAAUAUUUUACUAAUUAUAUGGAAAGGUUUUUAAAAUUUAUUACAAGCAUUAAUAUUAUUGAUGAAGAAGCAAAUGGAAUUGCUAAUAUUAUCAAAAAACUUUUUACAUCUUUUCGAAAAAAAUUUUGUUCUUUACCUAGUGAUAUGUUGAAAACAUUUUUGGAACAAAUGUCGCGAUUGACUUAUAUGUUUUUAGAAAAUGCAGCACAAGAAGAAUCAUUAAGUAUUGGUGAAUGCUUAUAUACUGAAGCUUUGGAUGCUUUGUUUGAUGCAUGGUUAUAUAUCUUAUCAGAGAAAGAUUUAUUCUCUUCAGAAUUUUUUAAACAAACUUUUAUUCAAAUAUUUAGUAUAUAUCUUCGAUGUCAUUUAUCACCUCCAGAAGGUAUAAGAACUAUUGAAGAUAAAGAUCUUGAGAAAGAAGAAUUGGAUAAUGAAAUUGCUGAUAAAGACAAAUUUAAAGAACAUUUACAAAUAAUUGGAAUUUUUGGUAGACAGAUUCCAAAUUAUACUCUUCCAUUAUUGGCACAAUUAAUUGAAGAUCGUAUUUUUAAAUUACGUGAAAACUUAAAUAAAUUAGUGGAACAGGUUGAAUCAUUUAAUACAAUGAAAAAUGAUUCUUUACCUAGAUUAUAUGAAGAUAUACAUUGGCUAGUACUUAUGAUAGGUAAUAUACUUUGUAUGGAAUCUGAUGGUGAACUUGCUUUAAUACCUACUGAAAUAAUGACAUAUGAUAUGGAACAGGUGCAGCAAGGAAAAGUCGAUAUGAAUCUUACACUACAAUUUUUAGCAUCAUCAGAAAAUAUUUCGUCACCUAUCGAUAUUUCUAUAGAAUCAGUAGAUCAUGUAAUUCGUUUAGUCGCAAGUAUUUUUCGUUUAUGUGCCAUAGAAAAAACUGCAAUGUCUGUUUUAUCAAACAGUAUAUUAAGUCCAGAAUUAAGUUGUACCAUAAUCUGGUUUCUGAAUAAAUGGUCUUUGCAUUAUCUUUUAUCAAUAGAAUAUCAUUAUCUUGAAAUAUCUCUUACAUUUUUACAUACUUUUGGAGACAAUACUCCUGGUGCAUUAUGGGCUACGAAUUUUCUUUUAGAAAAAAUAGAAUUUAAUAUUAAUGCUUUUAAAAGUGAACCAGCAGUAAUGGAUGAAACUAUAAAGCUCUUGAUAUCACUCGUUAGUGGCCCAAAAAAAGCCAAUUAUGUAUUGAAGUCUGAACGAUUUGGACAUAUUAUAAAUUUAGCUACAAAAGGACAACAUGACUUUCCACAAGUAGUCAAAAGAGGUUUAAUGCAAGCAAUAAUUCAAGUUGCUAUUACUGUCCAGAAUAAAAUUGAUCAAUCUUAUUGGAUACAGACUUUGCAACCAUUAUUAAACAAAUUCAAACAAAUUACCUCUAAUGAAAAUUUUUUACAGUGUUAUCAUCAAGAAGAAAUUAAAAUUCAAGUUAUAGAUAUUCUAGAAUAUUUUAUUGGAGUAUCACAAGGUGCACGAGGAUCUGAAAUAGGAUUACUUUAUCAAUAUAUGCAAUCUAUAUUACGCGAAUUACCAAAUUUAAUAUCUUUAUAUCAUAAUUAUCAAGAUAUAGUACAAUUAAUUUUGGAAUUACUUUUUGAAUGUACAAAUGGACCGGAACCAGUUCUUCGUGGACUUACUGAAACUGAAGCUACUCAAGUAUCUGAAAUAUAUUUAAGUGCAAUACAAAAUUAUGCGCGUUGUAACAUCAAUCGUUUAACUAUAGAUUCAACUGCAGAAGAAGACAGUUAUCAGGAUAUUUUGUUAUUAAUGAAGCUUUUAACUAAUCUUUUAUGUGAAAAUAUAUUGCAGGAUAAAACAGUGUUUUUGCAUGGUUUGACUAUAAUUAUGCCUAUGAUGACUACAGAUUUAUUAAAAUUUCCAUGUUUAUGUUUAUACUAUUUUCAAAUGAUAAUGUCUCUUUGUAAACAUGGUCCUCAAAAAGUAAUUGAUUUAUCAUCUGAACUAUUGCAACCACUUUUAGCAUCAGUAGAAUUAGGUUUAUUUUCAUUUGGUCAAGAAGUGUCAAUGUUAUGUUGCAAUAUAAUUGAAAUAUUAACAAAACGAAUUUUUCAAAAUAUUCAAGAUAAUCGUCCAAAAAGUCAAAUAAUGGCACCAUUUUUAAAUUUACUAAUUACUGUUAUAUUAACACAUCAUAUUGAUUCGAAUUUUAUAUCAAAUGUAUGUACAUCGCUUUAUUAUUUGAUACGUUGUUAUCCGGACGAAUAUAAUCGAAUUGUACAAAAUAUCUUAUCUACUCAAUCAGAUCAACAAGUUGUACAGAGAUUAGCUGAUGCCUUUACAAAAUUAACCGAAAAUAUGAAUUUUCAUUCGAAACAUGAUUAUAGAGAUAAAAAAAGAUUUAGGAAUUAUUUUGAUGAAUUCAUUUGUAAUGUACAGGGUUUUUUAAUGAUUAAAUAAAAUUAAUCAAAAAUA